CAAAGAAUAUGAAAGCUAAACAUACACAGUGAGUGAGUGAAGUAAUGAUCCUGCUGGAUGAUUUACCUGAGAUAGUACUCAGCUCUCACUCAUGUUUGAGUUUGUUUCCUCUGCGCCGAUCAGAAUGAAGCUGUGUUUGGUCCUCGUCUGGUCAGUUCUUCUCUCCACAGAGGCUAAAAUCAUUCACAGGGACACCUACACACUCCUGUGCUCUGAUACAGAUCAGAAGAGUACGUACAGACUGGACAGAGAAGAACUCCUUCACUCUGACCUCAGUAAGGGGACAGGAACGCUGACCAUACCGCAGUUUGCAGAUCUUUUGACCGAUGAAGAAGCCAAAGACAAUAGAGUUACUCUAAUGGACAACUGCAAAAAACACUUGGCUGAAUGUGUGACAGCUUACAAAAACCCUGCGGAGCCAAAGGAUGCCCCCCAAAGCUCAAUCUACUCCAAGGACGAUGUGAAGCUGGGCACCAAUAACACCCUCAUCUGUUACAUUACUGGAUUCUACCCACCAAAAAUUGGAGUGUUGUGGAGCAGGAAUGAUGUCAAAGUAACUGGUGGAGUUAGUUUUAGUAGAUUUUAUCCAACCAGUGAUGGAACCUACAACAUGGUCUCUCGUCUGAGCUUCAUUCCAGAGAAGGGCGACAUCUACACCUGCACUGUGAAGCACGCAGCCCUGGACAGACCACUGACCAAAACAUGGGAUGUGCAGGUGGCUCUGCCCAGAGUGGGUCCGACUGCGUUCUGUGUAGCAGGUCUGGCUGCAGGACUGCUGGGAGUCGUUGUUGGAACUUUCUUCCUUGUCAGAGGAAAAAACCCAACUGAGAAUCUGACUGUAAACUUUACACAAAACUUAUUACACUGUGUUCUUCAAAGGUGUGACUUCUUUCACUUUAAGUUAACCUCAUUUGUGAUGUUAAUUGCACUGUCCUUUCUUUCUGUGGCCAUCAUUUACGUCUUCUUUUUCAGAACAAGUUUGUUCUAUAAUAUAGGGCCUUAUUUAUUCAGGCCUUUACCAGUUAACUGAACACUUUCCAGGCAGGUGGUCCAGCUGGAAAAGCUGAUCACACUUUAUACAGGGAGAUUCACUCGAAAGAGGCCCUGAAUUUUCUGCUGUAACUCCCGUUAGGGUGAAGCAAUCUGAACAAAAAAAAAUUGCUACAUACCUUGAUGCAUGUGUAAUCGAUUGCAUUACAUCCGAUGCUGGAAGUGAUCUCCAUUUUCUGCCACAUGAAGGGCAUUGCACCCUGAAGCUGCAAACGGAAGUUAAACGUCACAAUGGCUGUCCAGUGCCUACCUCAUCGCUCCGAUGCAGGGGCAUCCCGGCUUGUUCGAAGCUGCAUAUACUGAGGAGCACGUUGCACGUUGGUUUGUUCAGAUUCCUUCAUCCUAGAGUGA